CUCAGCUGUUUAUUCUGUUGACGGCGGGAGAUUUGGCUUGUGCUAAAUAGAAAUUCACCCUCAACUUCUCCAAGUAAUCAAUUUGAAAACCUGUUACCAGAAAAGAAAAAACUAUGGAACCUCUUCGUAAAAGAACAAAGUUUGAUAUAACGACAGGUACUACGCUGCUACUUCGUCUGUGUGAUGCAUUUGUUCGUACAGAUGGGAAUGUCAUCUGUCCCAUCAUUAAAGCAGAAAACUCCAUUCGGGUUCUGUACAAACUGCAAUACAAUUUGUUCAAGGAUAUUUUGGUAAAAGUGGUGAAAGAAAUUGGACUGAACAAAAUAACGAUUAACUACAAAUCACAGACUUCCCACACAAUUAGAGACGGCAACCUAUUUAUGAAGUGUGAGGUUUCAUGGUGGGCAAGUGCUGAAAAACUCACUGAAAUACUGGCAUCGGCUUUUAAAAGAGAUUCAAAAGUGAAGGAUGUUUUGAUUGAUAUAGUACAAGACGAAGAAGAAAUACUCCCACAACCUAUGAUAUCAGAAACUGACUUUGAAUUAUAUAAGCUUGAGUUAUGUUACAAAGCUCUGUCUGAUGUGACAAGUGACUCAGAUGCACAGGAUGAGUCACAUGCGACUGCAGAAGCUGUUAAAAACUUGCUAGGGGACUUAAAAGAGCAUCACACAAAGAUCGCUGUCUUGUCACAAAAUGGAAAAGGAAAAAGUUUCUUUUUGAAUUUGCUGUUUCUCAUGACCAGCGAUAUUGAAGAAGAAUAUAGAGAAAACAACAUGAAUUUAAAACUACCAAAGGAUGUUACUGGAAAUCCAAAACUUCAAGACUUGGAAAAUGAAGACUUGAUCAACCUCCCAGAAGUGGUAAGAGACUUAAUCAAAACAAACCAAAACGAGAACCAGGACUUCAAAUCCUUAAUGGAAUCGGUGGAGUUAAGCCCUCUUAUCACUCAAGAUGUGCAGAAUUCAAAUGAUGAAUUUUCAGGCCUGUCCACAUAUUUCACGAAGAGAAGCAGGAUUGAGGUCGCACCUUAUCUUUUGGCUCAGAAAAACCUGCAACGGAGCUAUGAUUCCACAACAAAAUGUAUUAUACAUCUGCGAUAUGGAUCUGUCUACCAGUUAAAAGUAGAGUAUUUUGAAGAGGAAGACUUACAGGCCCAGUUGUUUGAACUGGUGUCAUUAAUCAAAGGAGGCACAUCAAAACAUGGCAUAAACAAGACAGUACAAGAUAGGUCUAUUCAGUGCUUAAAGGCUAGAUUUCCUCUUUUGACAGACUAUGGGAUUUCUGAGUUAAAUGAUUUAAACAAGCAUUUUCUUCAAAGGUUCAAUUCAUAUGAAGACAUUACACUUUCCAAAAAUGUCAAACAUUUUGCGGGAAAAACAGAGUUGUACAUUGGAAGUGGAAAAAAUUCAUCAGCUGAUCGAGUCGCUCUGCAGACUGUUCUGAGAAGAUUAACAAGUAUACAGGACGUGAAUGAAUCAGAAACGCAAGAAUGGAAGCACAGAGUUGCAGCAGUGAAAGAAAUUGUUGUGUAUUUACCUAGUAAAAUACUAUAUGGUGGAAAAGAAAUAUUGGAGAUGCCAGGAACAGAUGAUUCUGACCCUCUGGCAAUGGAUUUCAUACAAAAGGCUUUGAAUACGGUGGAUGUUAUAUUUAUCAUAAGUGAAUUUGCGUUUAAAAUCGCAGAAAGAGAAGUUAAAGAAAUCCUGCUGAACAGUGAAUUUAUGAAGGCCUGGAGGAAAACUCCUGAAAACUAUUCAAUUAUGUUCCUGGCAUAUCCAGAAAAGGAUUCAAACUUCCAGUUUUCAGAAAAAAGUGGAGAUAAAAUAAAAGAGCUACUUAAGUUAGAAAAGUAUAAGAGGACCUCAGAACUUGAAGAGCUGUGCAAACUGCUAGAUAUGGACUCAUUAACUAACGCAAUGGAUAAAUCCAUUUUUACAUCAUACAUAUUGCCAGUUCUGCAUACCUCCAUCCAUAUGCAAGAGGGACCUCCACAAAUGAUAAUUAGAAAGAAUGCAGAAUUUCUUAAAUUUACUGGAAUUAUGAAUCUAAUCACCCAUCUUGAUUCCUUUGUUGCAUUUAAACAAAAGGAUUCCAUCAAUCAGGUGGAGAAUUACCUCACAAAUGUGAAUAAGAAGACGCAAACAGUAGUGACAAAACAAGAACCAAGACACCUUUUACAAAUGUUGAAAACCAAGGAUUUAAAAAGCAUAAUUGAAGAUGCAGUUUACAAUAGAUUUGACAGACUUCUCUCUCAUCUGCAACUCCAGUUAACUAUAAUGUAUGGAAAGAGACUUGAUGACAUGUUGAAAAAGCGUCUGGCCUCUGCUGUACAAGAAGCAGAACAAAGAUGGGAAGACAACAAAGAUCAAAUAACUCAUCGCGGAAUUUUCAAUCCAUACUUUUGUGGCAAUAAUGCUACCUAUAAGGUGAGGUUAACCAACGUAUUUUUUAAUGAUACAGAAAGUCAUGUUACUGAAAUUUUUGACUUCCUGAUGGGUGAAAUAAAAAAGUUACAUAACGAGUACAGGAAUAAUGUUUGGAAGAUCUUUGCUGAACAACUAAACACGAUGUGGUCCGACACUGGAUUCAAAAAUUAUGAUUUUUCAGAGUUUGUCAAGCAGACGUCAGAAGAUCAUUUGUCUGAGGCUCUAAAAUGGUAUAUUGGAAAAAAGAGGAUGCCAAUUGAUAAACAGACCAUUACGAAAUACUUUGACAACAGUAAAAAAUCAAGCUUAAAAAGGAACAUUUUAACACCUGCUUAUAACCUGAAUGACCUGGAUCGAGCAAAACAAAUGACAAAGAGAAACAUUUCACGAGCAGUGAUGGAUGUAAGAAAUUAUUUCAUAAACAGUUUAUUCAAACUCCAUAACAUCAGAUGGAAAAGCUUUACGUCGCAAUUAAAAACAAGAAAAGGACAACCAAAGCUGUGGCACAUUUUACUCGGAAGACUAAAACAAAUAGGCUUAGAUAAAACUGCACCAUCUAAAGAAUUAUUUGAAGCGGUGAAACUGAUGUCAACAAGAUAUAACAGCUGAUCCCUGCUCGUCAUAAUUACAGACCUGAAGACGAACAGAGAAAGAAGACCAACAACUUUCACUUACUAUUUUUAUGUGUGUUAUAUCACAACACAAGUAAUGUAUUGUCCUGAGUAAUGUGUUUUUACUCAAACCUUGUGUUUUACACAUCUUUUCUAAUUUAGUAAAAACUAUUUUUAAAUAAGGUCAUGUACAUAGUAUGUUUUUAUAUAUAAAGUAGUUUCCUCAGGUUCAGUUGACCCAGGGCUACCACAAUUUUGUACUGGAAAUGUGCUUUUAUUGGAUUUGUUUUGUAAAGCAUUUUUAAUAUAUUUGCAUAUAUGGCCAAAUGUGGAGAAACAAGGGUUCUUCUGUGGAAGCCUAAUAUUAAUUAUCAAUUAUCUGGUCUGUAUAUUUUUAGUAGUUAUAACAAGGUGCAGGGUGUUGUUAUGGAUAGGGUAUACAUCCCCCCUCUAUUUUACAGGGUUUUGUAUGAUAUAUAGGGCAGGCUGGUGCUCCACUCUGCAGUUUACAUGCACCUGGACUGACGUGGGAUCCAGGCCAGGAGAUUAGGCUGACUCCAAUGCGCUGGUCAGCUGCAAGUAAUUAGCUGCACUGACCGCAAUACAACCUUACCUGUUGGACAGAGGGAGAGAGAGAGUUUUGUUUGGAAGCAGCAGGGCUUGCUAUGUAUACAAGAAACCAUCAAAAAAGGUUGGUGAGAUUCCGUUAUGUUAAGUUUAGACCCUGAGUAGUGAGGGACUUCUAUGUUAGUAAGUGCUCAGACGAGGCUUUUGUUUAUAGGGAAUGUGUCUCGUAUAAUCCUGUUAAAAUCUGAAUAUGUGGAUUACAAAUAAAUUGUGGUUGAUUACCUCA